AAAUAAAGGAGAUUAUCUUGUUGACAAGUAGAAUAAUAAAAUAAUUUGCAGCAAAAGACAGUCAUAAACCAUCUUUACCUUUCUCUCCUGCAUUCAAGAUCUUACGGAAAAAUACAGAAACAUUAUCAGCAAAAUGUAUUUGAAGUAUCAAAAGUAAAAGUACUUGUUCUGCAGAAAAAUGGCCCUUGAAUGAUAUGUCACUAUAUGUGAUAUUAGAUUUUUAUUACUAAUGCAACAAUGUGUAAGCAGCAUUUUACUAUUGUAGCUGGUCGAGGUAUUGUUCCCAACUUAGGGGUCGGGCCCCACGUUAGGGUCAUGAGAUAAAUCUGAGGGGUUGUGAGAUAAUUAAUGGGGUGAGAAAGAAGAAAAACAAAGUUCUACCACACAUUUAUAUUGUUUUUUAUUUUGGACUACUUUCUAAUCCUGGACAAUUUGGCAAUUUUGUUAUUUAAACGAGGUUCAUGAAAUCUCUCUUUAGUGAAACUUCUAAUAACUCACAGACAUCUGAAACGUGAGAGGGGCCACAAGCCAAAAAGGUUUAACAAUGCAUUUUUAAAGGCUUAUCAUAUGUGUUAUUAUGUAAAAUCUUAAUAAAUCUAGUAACUAUAUCUGUAAAAUAAAUGUAGUAAAAAAAAAAAAAGUAGCUUAUGUUCCCCUCUGGAUUGUAGUGGAGAAGUAGGGCCUAUAAAGUAGCAGAAAAUGAAAUUACUCAAGUAAAGUACCUCAAAAUGUUACUUCAGUGUAGUGCUUGAGUAAAUGUCCUCAUAGUUCCACCACUGGAGUUUGUGCACAUUGUUUUGUCCAGCAGAUGGAGCUCCAGGUCCUGUUAGUGAUGCAUGUGGAGGAGCAGAGCCGCGGCCCCUCCCGCGCGCUGCGCCCAUGCGUUGUUUUCGUCUCUUGGAUGAUGAGGCGCGUGUCUCACAAGAGGCGCCAGCGCACCGCACCGGGCUGAGGAGGUAGCUAAUGAGCAGACCAGACAAACAGCCCCUCUCUAAAGAAAUCCACGCAGCCUCUCAGAGCCGGAGAGACCAUGAAGGCAAGCGGCAGAUUGAGGAGUAAACGACAAUUUCCCUCGGGAUAAAUAAAGUUCUAUCUCAUCUUGUCUCAUAAAGAUUCACCUGCAGACGACUGAGUGAAGAAGCAGGAUGGCGGGGGGUCGGAGGGGACUUGUGGCCCCUCAGAAUACUUUUUUGGAGAAUAUUGUCAGACGGUCGAACGUUUGGACACUGUCACAUAGACAGACAGAUACCAAUUUCGUCCUGGGAAACGCUCAGAUAGUGGACUGGCCCAUCGUCUACAGCAAUGAUGGGUUCUGCAAGUUGUCAGGGUACCACAGAGCAGAGGUGAUGCAGAAAAGCAGCACCUGCAGCUUCAUGUACGGGGAGCUCACGGACAAGGACACGACGGAAAAAGUGCGACUAACAUUCGAAAAUUAUGAGAUGAACUCGUUUGAAAUACUGAUGUACAAGAAGAACAGGACGCCUGUUUGGUUUUUUGUGAAGAUUGCACCCAUUCGAAAUGAACAAGAGAAAGUGGUCCUGUUUCUUUGCACGUUCAGUGACAUCACAGCCUUUAAACAGCCCAUUGAAGACGAUUCUUCCAAAGGCUGGGGAAAGUUUGCCCGAUUGACUCGAGCUCUAACAAGCAGUAGAGGAGUCUUACAACAGCUGCAGCCCACAGUUCACAAAGGAGAGAAUGUCCACAAGCACUCCCGCCUAGCUGAGGUACUGCAGCUCGGCUCAGAUAUCCUACCUCAGUACAAGCAGGAGACCCCCAAAACCCCUCCUCACAUCAUCCUGCACUACUGCCUCUUCAAGACCACGUGGGACUGGGUCAUCCUCAUCCUCACCUUCUACACAGCCAUCAUGGUGCCCUACAACGUUUCCUUCAAGACAAAGCAGAACAACGUGACGUGGCUGGUGGUGGACAGCAUCGUGGACGUCAUCUUCUUGGUGGACAUCGUUUUAAACUUCCACGCCACAUUCGUUGGACCCGCUGGCGAGGUCAUCUCAGACCCCAAGCUGAUUCGAAUGAAUUACCUGAAGACCUGGUUUGUUAUCGACCUGCUGUCCUGCCUGCCGUACGACGUCAUCAACGCCUUCGAAAAUGUCGAUGAGAAUUGGAACCACCGAGCUGUCACUCAAGGGAUCAGCGGUCUGUUCAGCUCACUGAAGGUGGUCCGACUUCUUCGUCUGGGUCGGGUUGCCCGUAAACUGGAUCACUACAUUGAGUAUGGGGCUGCUGUACUGGUCCUGCUGGUGUGUGUUUUUGGACUGGCUGCUCACUGGCUGGCCUGCAUAUGGUACAGCAUAGGUGAUUACGAGGUUAUCGAUACAGAAACCAACUUUGUGCGCAUGGACAGCUGGCUCUACAUCCUGGCUGAGACGGUGGGCACACCGUACCGCUUCAACGCCAGCGGUUCAGGGAAGUGGGAGGGCGGGCCGAACAAGAACUCUGUCUACAUCACUUCCUUGUACUUCACCAUGACCAGCCUGACGAGCAUCGGCUUUGGUAACAUCGCCCCGACGACAGACGUAGAGAAAAUCUUUGCCGUGGCCAUGAUGAUGAUUGGAUCCCUUCUCUAUGCCACCAUCUUUGGUAAUGUGACAACAAUCUUCCAGCAGAUGUACGCCAAUACGAAUCGUUACCAUGAGAUGAUUAACAGUGUCCGGGACUUCCUCAAGCUCUACCAGGUACCCAAGGGCUUGAGUGAAAGAGUUAUGGACUACAUUGCCUCCACCUGGUCCAUGUCACGGGGUAUAGACACUGAAAAGGUGUUGCAGAUUUGUCCAAAGGACAUGAGAGCAGAUAUUUGUGUUCAUCUCAACCGGAAGGUUUUUAAAGAGCACCCUGCUUUCCGGCUAGCCAGCGAUGGAUGUCUCAGAGCGCUGGCCAUGGAGUUUCAAACCAUCCACUGUGCCCCUGGUGACCUGAUCUACCAUGCUGGUGAAAGUGUGGACAGCCUCUGUUUUGUAGUGUCAGGAUCACUGGAAGUAAUUCAGGACGACGAGGUGGUGGCCAUUUUAGGUAAGGGAGAUGUAUUUGGGGAUGUUUUCUGGAAAGAGGUGACUCUCGCUCAAGCCUGUGCCAACGUCCGAGCUCUGACCUACUGUGAUCUCCACGUCAUCAAACGUGACGCUCUGCAGAAGGUGCUGGAGUUCUACACAGCGUUUUCCAACCACUUCUCAAGAAAUCUGCUGCUCACUUACAACCUGCGUAAGAGGAUCGUCUUCCGAAAGAUCAGUGAUGUGAAACGAGAGGAAGAGGAGCGACAGAGACGUAAAAAUGAAGCCCCUCUGAACUUGCCGCCAGAUCACCCAGUACGAAAGCUCUUCCAGCGCUUUCGACAGCAGAAAGAAGCUCGCAUGGUGACCGACAAACCAGAACUAGACGAACAUGAUAUUGAGAAGGGCCCCAUGUAUGUGGACGUCCCGGUAGCUAAUACAGCCAUUACAACUACCAGCAUCGUCACAGUAACAGAAAGCCCAGCAACACCCUCAUCUUCAACGCCUUCAUCUUCAACACCCACCAACUGUGCUCCCUCAGACAAGGCGAAGCUGCAGGUGCCAACUCCCAUGUCUUUGGUCGGAGGCCGGCCUGCUGAACCACUCAAAGUCAAAGGCUGGGGUCGCUUCAAGGAGUCCAUGGCCAAAGUCGACAACUGGAACAAAGUUUCUAAAGCCGAAUCCAUGGAGACUUUACCUGAACGGACCAAGGGGCAUGAAUCACAGAUGUUUCUAAAGAAGACAGACUCAUGUGACAGCGGUAUCACCAAAAGUGACCUACGGCUGGACAAAGUGGGUGACUUCCGCAUGACGCCCCAGGACCGGAGUCCUGUUCAGCCUCCGGAGACCAGGCACUCCUUCUACCCCAUCCCAGAGCAAACACUUCAGGCCUCGCUUCAGGAGCUCAAGCUGGAGCUGAAGGACGACCUCAAGAACCUGAAUGUUCGAAUGUCAGGUCUGGAGGCGCAACUCACAGAAGCAAUUACACUCCUAAAAGCGAGGAAAUCAAGUGCUGGCUCUCCGCAGCCUCUUUUUGACAUUUCUAGACCUGUUUCACCAGAACUGGACAAAGAGGACAUCUUCUCUUGAAGGAUGGACGAAUCAUCAGGCAACAGUUAACUGUGAACUCAGCUGGAAUCCGGUAAUAUCCAGAUUACUUGGAUAGCUGAGGCUGCACUGGGCACACCAUUUAGAUUAGGCAAUAGUGUGGUCUUUAAGACACACCAGCCUUUAUCACUGGGGUGUACCUGUUGGUUAACAAAGGAAGGCAAGGUUGUAGCCCAUAUUUUGGUGUCAUAACACUGAACACUCGGAGGUUACAUAAAAACUGACAGCUCUAUGUUUGUACAUAAGUUUAUUUUUCCAUCACACUACUGUAUAAUGGAAAAAUAGCUUCAAUAGCUCCAAAAUCUGUUUACCACUUCAGAUUUUGAGAGUCUCAACAGAGGAACAUAGUUGUAUCUCUGUUGGAAGGCUCUAAUAGAAACAGCAUGUCCCACUGGUUUGUUACUGAAUCAUUUGUAUGAGAUUCUUUGCAUGUCAUAAAACGUGUGCCUCAAAUUGCAGAUGGUGCGUAGUUGAUUAAUUGAGGCCACACAGCGAGUCAUUUGCAUUAUUUCACCAUGACAGUGAAAAAGGACAGUCUUUGCGUAUGUGGAAACAGUCUCAGAGUAAUUUCCUUAAGCAAUUGAUGAAGUCUUUUAUUAUAUCAACUGCCAGGAUCAUUAUGAAUUAUACAACAGAUAACUCCAAGCAGGCAAUCAGAUUUUCAAAGACAUCUUUCAGCAGAGCUUAUUAUUUCCAUAAACCAUAGAUAGAUAACAAAUGCAAUGCUAACUAGUGUGGCAGCAGUGAGCAAGUUAUCCAUCUUUACUGAUAUCUAGUAUUUGUUAUUCUCAUAUGUAAACACUACUACAACCACAUACUGUACAUGAUACAUACAUUGUAUGAGCGCCAUGCAUUUUUAGCUUUGGUGAUGCAUAAUUAGGUAAUGUCGAUGGUACUGAUAAUGGCUGUGCUCCUUACCUUAUUUUAACAGAACAUAGUAAGGAAUGCCCUUUUGCAGAAUAUUUCUAAAAUAAAAUUUAUUUAUGUAAAAUAAAAAUUCAAAGUGCAGGUUUCUUCAUGUAAACAAACCUAGAUAGUUACUGGAACUUGUUUUAGUGAUGAUUUUUGCCUUUAAAGGCCUCUGAGGUACAUUUUUACAUUUGUUACACCAGUUAGCGUGCAUGAUUUAACAUGUCUGUCUGUCUUCACAUUCACUUGAGAAAAAAACAUCAUCCCAUGACGACACAAGAUACAAGUAAACUAUUAAUAAGGGGCAAAGAUCAAGUUUUUUUGGCACACAUGUUGUACACAUCUAAGUGUUUGGAAUGCAGGCGAUCUCUUUCAGGACUCUGAUUGCUUUAUUUGGCGCCAGUAUUUGGAAGCAAUGUCAACUUGCUUCUGGCUUCCACAAACUUAAAACGUACGGUCUAAAUGCGCCUUCAAACUGGAAGACAACCACCAGGGUGGUACUGCUUACACAGGAUAACCAAAAUGUUUUAACUUUGUGUCAUUUCGUAAUAGAAAAAAGGAAAAACAAGCAUUCUGAAGAAAUAAUUUACAAAGCAACCACUUUCCCAAAAAAAAAAAAAAGAUUUCAUUUCAGGUAAUUGUUUAAUAUUAAAUACACAAAAUAUAUUGCACAAAAAUUAAUUUUAGACUUUGUUGUAUUUCUAUUAAGAUUUUAUUUUAUUAAGUUUCCAAAAUGUUAUUAUGUAGUCUUUCUUUUUACUUUUAAACAAAAACUGCCUUCUAAUUAAUUUAAAUCCAUCGACACAGGCAGAGUAAUCCAGUCAAAAUAAAUAAAAUAAAGUUCAGGAACAAGUAGACAAGUAGAAUGAAAGUGUGAUUGUCAUGACUUUGUCUUUAAAUUGUAAUUUAGUUUUGCAUUUUAACACAAUUUCAAUUUCACCACAAAGGAAAACAUCAUUUACAGAGCAACAAACUUACACAAUAACAAUAUAGAAGUUUAAAAUUCUUUUAGAUGAAGACUGUUUCAGAUGUUAUACCAACAAUUAACUCUACUGAAACUACAGUAUAUAUAUCCUUUAUAUAUAUCCUUUUUGCACCACGGCUAAAUUGUUAGACUGAUGGAAGGAUUCAUCAUCAAUUUUACACUUAUACCUUCUAAAUUGUGUUGUUAACCAAAAUAAAAUAAUAAUGAAUGUAUCAGUGUGCUGUAUUGGAAACAAAACAAAGAAUCAGUAUGGAGGAACAGAGAGGGGCAGAGUGAGAAAACAGAGGGAGAAAAUGUGCUUUAGAGCAUUUUUGUGGUAACUGAAAUCAUGCAUUCAUUCAUUACAGAACCUUAAUAAGUCCACAGAAAAAGAUGCAUCAAACUUCAAGUAAAGCAGAGCCAUGAGUUCUGUUAUCAAGCAAUAAUUAUACAUAUUUAGCUGUUACAGUAGAAUUUGUGUGCUAAAACUUCAUCAGUUGACGUUCUUUAAAAACAAUGAAUAAUGGAAGAAAGUCUAAUAAUAUUCAGUAAAUAUAACACAUUUUUGAAACAAUCCAACUGUUUUUGCAGUUUUAUAGAUUGAGUUUAUGCAGAUUGCUGAUAAUGAAGUCCAGUGGCAUCGAUCUUCUCAUCCAACUCUGAAAUAAAGUGAAUAAAUGUCAAAAUGUCAAUCUAUUCCCUCAAAAUAAUAAGUCAUGACUUAUGCAAGUUUCUUUUAAAUUGUUUUUUUUUUAGAGACAAAAGUGUAGAAAGUGAGUUGAUGCUUUUGACUUUUUCUGAACAAACUGGUGAAGAAAGUCUAAUAAUAUUCAGUAAAUAUGACACAUUUUUGAAACAAUCAAACUGUUUUAUGCAGUUUUAUAGAUUGAGUUUAUGCAGAUUGCUUAUAAUGAAGUCCAGAAUACAUUCAUUGCAAUCAGUAGUAAUACUGUAUUAUAUCACUGAUAUUAGCAGUAGUCAUACUUUACAUACAAAACAAAUAAUUGAUUUUAACUGUUAACCAGAACUCAAAAGUGGUUUAGGGGUUUACCUCUGGUAGAAGCAAGAGCUUUACUGGUCUGCUUGAAUCUAUCUUUAGUAUACAGUAAAAGUAUUCUUUUACAUGGCAAAAAAUAACCAUUAUUCUAUAUUAUUUAUUAUUCAUAUGGAUAAUUUAUGUUCCCUGCAUGCCUUCUCUCUUAUCAAGACAAGCUGAGAUAGACACAGCUGAGAAGAAAAAGAUGCUGGGGUUUUUUCUCCAACACAUUCUGUAGCUCCAUUCGCAUCAAAAAUUCAGCUUACUAAAAAUAAAUGGGCAUGUCAUCACAGAAGUGAGAAACUCAUUUGGUUUAGAGUCAGUGUUUGUGGGUCUUUAUGGGUCUGCCUUCACAAAGAAUUGUGAUCUUAUAGAGGGAAAAGCACUAAAAUCAGCUUGCUAUGACUUCUCUAUUAUAGAGAUUCAUAAAGCUGCUGCUCACACAUUACUAAGAAGUUCAGAAAUCAAAAGGAGCAAAAGAGGGCUGACUGUCACUGAGGAAUUUAGUCAGCCCAGUAACAGAAAGGAUCUAAAACUCUUUAAAAUGAGAAACUAAUUUGGUAAAAAAAAAAAAUAUUACAUUACUAUUACACAAUAACUUUUCCAAUUAUUAUGAUUAAGACUGUAUAAGUACAAGUUAGGGUAGUGCAGUGCAUCAAUAGCGUGCAAAGUUUUUUAGAACAAUUUAAAAGUAUAGUUUGACAUUUUGGGAAAUACGUUUAUCAGCUUUCUUGUCGAGAGUGAGUUGAGAAGAUCGAUUCCACUCUCAUUUAAGAGGAGCCCAGGAGCACUACAGGGGAAAGUUGAGAAACUUUAUGCAAAUGUCCUCUGACACAACGACAUCCAGGCGUUCGUUUUAAUGCCCGCAGAAACAGAAGCACAGAGUUAUUUACUACUACACUCCACUAGUCGAGUGGGGAUCAGUUCAAGCACAGAUGCAGAACCACAAUGUCAAUCAGUCUUGCCUGCUCAGGCAUCGUCGUAUUAAAACAGUUUCAACAAUGUGUACGGUGUUUAAAAAAAGACGCAACCAAAGCUUUACUUUUCUUGGGAAACAAAUUGUGCUACAGGAAAUUAACUUCCUUGUGUGUAAUACAGCGGCUACAUCAGAAAACAACAAGAGUGGAAGCAGCUAGCUUGGCUCUUUCCAAGUUCAAAAACGCCUAUCAGCACAUGUAGAGCUCAUUAAUUAACACAACACAUUACAUCUCGUUUGUUUCAUCUGCACAAAAUCCGAAAUGUAAAAAUGACAUGUUGUGGUUUUACGGGGAGUUACUUGCCAGUAGGCCGUUUUGAACGUUGGAACUAAGAGUCAGGCUAGCUGUUUCUCCCUACUUCCAGUCUUUAUGCUAAGAUAAGCUAAGUGACUUCCAGCUCUAGCUCCUUAUAACGCACACGAGUGGCAUCGAUCUUCUCAUCUAACUCUCUGAAAUAAAUUUAAUAAAUGUCAAAAUGUCAAACUAUUCCCUCAAAAUAAUAAGUCAUGACUUUGUAAGUUUCUUGUUUUGUUGUUGUUUUUCUUAGAGAAGAAAGUGUAGUAAGUGAGUUGAUGCUUUUGACUUUUUCUGAACAAACUGGUGAGGAUUGUGAGCUUUAGUCUGGAAUUGUAUACACGACAGCUCAAGAUUACACUUUAAAAUCAUGUUAUGUGGAGGUCAAAGGUGUAAACCUUUCAAUGUUACACAACAGUUUAACUGUUUAAAAUGAAUUAAAACAAACGAAAAACUGAUGAAAAAGCCUACUCUGACUUUAAAUAAUACUAGCAACAAUGCUAAAAACGACUUAAUGAGGUGCUGACUGUUUGUCAUUUGUCUUAUUAUUUACUAUUUAUGUGAUUCAACAAUACUGAACCCACAUGGAAAAUAAUAUUUAUUUUCUUUAACAGAUUAUUGUUACAUUGUGAAAAAUGUAAAUUGUUUUCUUUGAAGUUACUUAUGGUGGAAUAUUUUCAUUUUAGCUACAAUUAACUGCUGUUUCAUUUGACCAAUGACACAGAUGAAUGACCGAAUUGGUAAUAUUUGUAAAGAAUUUUUUAAACUUUCAUUUUGAAUGAUACGACCUAUGAAUCUUGUAAAUUUGGCCUUUUUUGUUGGUACUGUAUUCUCUCAUGUGAUUGGUUAUAUUUACACUGUAAAUUUACAACUCUCUUUAUUUAUUUUACAGUAUCUAACAGGAACAGAACUGGAUACGACUGAAUAAAUAUAAUAAAAUCAGUAAAAAGAUCAAGCCCUUUCCAGCUAAAAAUCUGAUUUUGUGUCACUAUUUGAACAAAGCCCAACGACAAAGACAUGUGGAGGGAACUUUCACUUAUGCCUGUUUGAAGAGGCUGAGUUUUUUACCAACACGUUACUAAAAUGGGAUGUAGGUACACUCUAAAACUCAGAGACAAGAGCUUUGAAAGCGAUAUGCAGUUCUUUGCUGAAUCACUUAUAAAAAACGGUCCAAACGGUGACAAAAUAUGGAAGGCUUUUAUAGUACUGAAUUACCACUUCAUUACAUUUCCCUUAUAAUAUUAAGUCAUUAUCUUUGAUUGCUACUAAGAAGCAUGCAACACUGUGCCUUCAUAAUAUUGCCCCUUUUCAGACCUGCAGAAAGAAAAGCAGUGUUAAAUAUCCAAAUUACUGUCGCUCCUUUGAAACCAUUUGAACACAGAACUAUUUUUGUGGUCAGCUCUAGAAAGCUGCCUAGUUCUAAAACUAUAUAUAUAUAUAUAUAUAUAUAUAUAUAUAUAUAUAUAUAUAUAUAUAUAUAUAUAUAUGUAUAUGUGUGUGUGUGUGUAUGCACAAAUUAUAUUGCAAUGUUUAGAUUCUUAAAGAGAAAAGUUUGACUUUGGUGUGUGGUUUAUGUAAUAUGCACAUGCAUCUAUGUUCACACGUCGUGAUGAGAAAUGUAACUAUUUCAAGCACAAUGGGAACUCUUUUUGUUAUGAACUGUGACAUACUGUACUAUUCAAAAUAAAUAUUUUAUACAUACUGUA